UUUUAUUAUUGAAUUUUGUUGUACCAUCAGUAUCCAGAUCUAGGCUACUGUUUGUAUGAAGAUUGGGGUGUUGUAAUACCUCUUCUUAUGACGGAGCUUAGAAAAGAGGCCCAAAGCUUGAUUGAUAGGGGUGUUACACCUGAAUUAAUCUCUCAAGUUUUCGAAAAUAUUCUUCAUAAGGUCGUUAAGAAGAUUAACAGUUUAGCUAUAAGCAUGCAUGGUUUUGACAUGAAAGCCGUACUAUCUAAUUAUUAUGCCACUCAACUUCCGAAGCAGCUCUUUCAUGAAUCUCGGAGCCAUAUAGCAACCAUCAUUGUUGAUGCUGUCUAUGCUUCAAGAUAUGAUUAUGAGGGUGCUGGUCCUUAUGAGAAUGAUAUGAGUGAUUUUGAAGAUGGGUUCAACCUGAUUGGAAUAAAAAAGGUUUUGGGUGGUCGUGUGGAUGACUCCUUUUCUGUAGAAGGUAUCGGCAUCACGUUUAAACCACAUGUUGAUGGUUUUGAGAAUCUGGGUGUGGUUAAGAAUCCAGAGAUCCUGAUCUUAAAGGAUAUGAGCAUUGAGGUUAAACUUGAUAUACUGAAGAGGGGUCCCAAUGUUGUUUUGACAAGUCAAGCUUUUGAUGAGGAUUUAAAACAGGAAUUGGCAAAGCGAUGUAUGUAUUUUGCAGAUCUAGUUUCUGAAGAUGAUCUAAAUCGUGUUACAGAAGCAACUUGUGCUACAAUGAUAUCAUACAACCAUAACUAUCCACAAAGAAUACGUAUUGGGACUUGCAAGAGUUUUCAGCAAAAGAUAUAUGGAAAUGAAGUGUUUGGCAUAUUUAGUGGAUGUCCUAGAGGCAAGGUAGCAACUAUUGUUCUUUAUGGAAAUGACCAGUAUAUUGAAGAAGCAGAGGUGUAUGUACGUGAUCUGAUCCCGGAAGUGAGGAGUGUCAUGAAGGAACACACAUUAGUUGAUGGUCAUAAAUAUUAA